UGGCGUGCAGUCCACAGUAAGCUUCUUUUUCUUCUUCUAUCUAACAACUCACACCAAUCACUCACUCUCAAACUCUAAACUACUCCACUUCCCUUCACACUCAAAACCCACAACAAGAUCUCUCACCACUUUCCCUCACUUUCUCUUACUUUCUCUCUCCUUUUCCUCCAAACCAAACAGACCCAGAUUGAUGGCUAUCAACAGAGAUUCCACUCCCCCACCAAUGAUCGGCAAGAUUGGCCCUUACACUGUGUUCAUGACUCCACCCUCCACACCAAAACCACCUGAACCGGUCUUUGAUUCCCCCAAGAAGGUGGCCCCACCUCCGGUUCAGCCGCCGCCUCAGCAAUUGGUGCAGCCUAUGGCUGUUUCAGAUUCUGCCGCCAAUGGCUCUGUCUUGGGGGUUUUUAAGAAUGCCGUGAACAAAGUUCAGAAGGCACAUUCAAGUUUGGAUGACCAUUUGGCACGUUGGUUUGGGUUGAAUCAGUCAAAAUAUCAGUGGGCACUAGAUGAUUAUUAUGAGAGCAAGGGAUUGGAAAAGGGUGAGAAACCAAAAGAGAUAUCUAGCAAAAUGCAGAGUGUCUAACGUGCUAACUGAACAGGUAAAGAAUUAAUUGCAAGGGAGAGCUCGUGCAGACAUCUUUUGAGUAUAGUACAUCUAAAUAGUUAUGUAUGGAGUAGAAGUGCAUCUGGGUACACACAGAAUCCAACCAAGUUCUGGUGUUCUGGUUAAUGCAAUUCUCUGCCUUCUGCAACAGCUGAGUUUGGUUAUCUAACAUUGUAUAAGUCAUGUAUCUCAUCUAAAUAUAUAGUUUUCAGCCAAACUUGUGUUCUUGUACUCCUUUAAGCUGCCAGCUUAUUUAUUUUUAUUUGUGGGUUCUGUACCUUCGGCUUGUUGGUGUAUUUGUAUUAUUCGUGAAGGCUAUAAUUUGCAGCUUAUGAUUGUGGAAUUAUGUUUUUUGGCA